UCGAAAACUACACAACCUAUACAAAGCUACGUACACUUCACAUUCACCACUUGAAUCCAAACUCCCCUACGUGUUCUCAAGCCUCCCAUUCCUUUACCCCUCUCCUGUUAUUUCUUCAACACCCUCUCUCUCUCUCUCUCCUUCUUUAAUUUUCUACUGCCAUGGCCUCUCAACCUGUGCCAAAGAAGCCAAGGCUUGACCGAAAUCUUGACUGUAGGCCGAGAUCGGAGGCGAAGGAAGUGAAGGUCAGCCAGGAGGAGUCGGCGAGGGAGAGAUUGAAGAGGCAUAGUAAGGAGAUGGCGGGACGAGUAUGGAUACCGGACAUAUGGGGACAGGAGAGCUUGUUGAAGGAUUGGGUUGACUGCGCCGCGUUCGACAGGUCGCUUAUGCCUAAAGAGGUGGUUUCGGCGAGGCAAGCUCUGGUGGAGGAGAGCAGGAGGAAUUCCAUUGAGAACCAGUGCUAAGAUUAAUUUCUUGCAGAUUUGUGUUUGUUUGAUUUAUACAUAUAUAUAAGAACAAUAUACUACUUUGGUGUUUUUAAAUUAAAACUGGAAGUUUAUUUGUUUAGGUAUGGUGUGUGUGCAUGGUGCUGGGUGAUUGUGUGCUUGAUUUGAACGUAACAGUGUGUGCUCCAUGAGUGGAUUUGGCUGUCUCUUUACAAUGAAGCUUCUUGAGAUUUUGGAUGUAUUUAUGUUUGAUAACUAUUGAGGAGUGUGCUUUAAUUGUUUA